AGUACCAGAAAAGUACAACAAUCUUGGCAAUUUUCAACCGCUUGCUUCGGUUGGAUCCAGCCACCCUGCCGUCAUCACACUAUUGUCACAAAUUGUCUCUCUCCACAAAGAAAAGGACAAGGCAAGAAGCAGAAAUUGAGAGAAAAUGGAGAAAUAUCUGUGGGAACCAUCGGCAGUCUCUUCUGUCAAUGGUGUCCUUCACAUCUCGCUUCAUUUACAAGUCUCCACGCUCCGAGUUGAGGGUCGAGACUUCACCACGCGCACUCUCAAUGGCACUCUUCCAGGCCCUACGCUUCGAUUGAAACCUGGCGACACCUUUAUUAUCGACUAUUACAACGACUUGCCAGAGAAUGAAAUGCAGCAUGUACACAAUACGUUCUCGGGUCCCAAUGAUUCCAACCUCCACUUUCAUGGCCUUCAUGUGAGCGGCGAAUUGCCAAGCGAUGAUAGUACCCUUGUGGUGCCGCCAGGACAGUCGUUCCGCUUCAAUACGACUCUACCAGUGGAUCAUAUGCCGGGAACUCAUUGGAUGCAUCCGCAUAGGCACGGGUCAACUGCCAUUCAGGUGGGAGGAGGAGCCGCUGCCGCCAUUAUUGUGGAAGAUGUACCAAAUGCCGACGAUAAUUCCACGUUUCUCAAUCUGCCUCCCCAAGUUGCGAACGCACGGGAAGUUUUGUUGGUGGCUCAAGAAUUCGACUUUGCGGAACUAAAUGGAAUCGCGACACAAUCCAAAGAUUCUGUCAUCCAUUUGUCGGACGUCCUUGAGGCAGAAAGCACGGUUGGUUUUGUCAAUCUUGCAUCCGAAAAAACCUACCUGGUUAAUGGACAAGUCAAUCCAAAGAUACCCCUGCAGCCGAAUGAAUGGAUUCGUUUGAGAGUGAUCCAUGUGGGAUGGCUCACUGGGAGGCUCGAAUUUGAACUCACGGGUUGCGAAAUGCAACUCAUCGCCAAGGAUGGCGUUUACCUGCCCGAAUUGCCUCGAAAGAUUUCACAGGCAUCCAUCGUCAAUGCCGGAAGAGCGGAUAUCAUGGUCCGUUGUCCCUUUUCGGGUGGCGCUGACAGUCACAGCAUGACGUGCACCAGCAACAUCUGUCAAGGACAGUCCCUUGUCACCUUGAUCAAGUAUACCACUACUGGCACCGGUGCAAUCAAUGAUGGUGACAUGGAGACUAUCCAGACUGUCUUUCCUGGUUAUCUACAAGACCUUCGCGACACUCCACCAACGCCAGGAUGUUCCUGUCAAACCGAUUUGGACGACAUGGAGUUUCCCGAAAACUCCUUCGACUUUUUUCACGAGACUUUCCAAGGCUCGGUAGUUGAGCGGCAGCUGGGAGCGGACAAUCACCCGUAUCAUCAGCAUGUGCAUCCUUUCCAAAUUGUUGGUGGCCUCAACAACAACCAAGACGGUCCUUACUAUCAGGUGGGAGACUGGCACGACACCAUUGAAGGGCAGCCAGUCGUACGAUAUAGCCCUACAGUAUUUGCAGGGAAGAUGAUGAUUCAUUGUCAUCGUCUGGAUCAUGAAGAUGAAGGGAUGAUGAGAAUUGAGUACAUUCACCCCAACAGCACCAGCAAGAUCCACCCCGAAACGGGCAACAGUUGUGUGUGUAUUCCACAAGGUCCCCCAGUGUGGGCAUUCGUUCUCUUCGUUCUGGGACUUGCUUUGGCGCUUUUGGUAAUUACGAUUUUGGUAGUGUGGUUCCUUCGACGAAGAGGCAAGUGCAUGUGGUUUCCGUGGCCUUGUGGAUCCAAACAGCUAGAGCCUGUUCCAUCAUUGUCCAAUGAAGAACGAGAUGAUUCCAAGAAUACUGGAGGCAACGACGAAGAGGCAUUGGUAGUCGUUCCUCAGCCCCCUGGCACAGUCGAAGGGGGCCAGGCAGAGACGAUGGAGGACGAAUUGCCAGCAUCCUACUAGCGCGCUGGCGACAGUGUAGUCAGUCCAACCCACGUUAAAUUUUUUCAUUGUUCCGAGGAAUAGUGAAGUUGCAGUAGCAACAGUGCACCACAACUAUGCAUGUACUAAUCUAUUAUAAUAUUCAUAGAAAAACCGCAAUCAAUGACGAAGAUACGUAGAGUACGGGGUACCGGUAUGGCCACCUUGCUACUAGCUACUCCCAUCCGGACAGCUCCUUCACCUGCUUCUGGAAUGUACAAGCGGAGAUCCGUUGUGUCUGAAGAAGUAAGG